AUGGAACCUAUAUUAGUUGAAAAUAUAAAUAAUGAUAAUGUUGUUAAUCCACAAUUUAUAAUAGAUACAGAGAAACUGAAAUUAUAUUUGGAAAAACAUGAUAAAAAGUUAGAUCAAUAUUUAUUUUAUAAUAAAUGUAAUAAUAGUAAUAGCAAUAGUAAUAAUAAUAAUAAUAACAGUCAAAUUGAAAGUCAAAUUCUAGAAUAUAGAACAAUUGAAAAGAAAUUUAAAAAGUAUGGUGGUUUCAUAAAGACAUAUCAUCAAUUUCAUAGCUUAACAGAGAGGUUGGUAACAGAAUCACAAUUGGAAAUUAGUAAACUAAAUUUUAUUGCACUUUGGUCAAAGUACUUGGCAAACAAAGAUGGUGAUACUAUACUUUUCAAUCUGCUGGUGGCGAACAGCAAUCAACAGUGGUUAGAUUUCAGCAGUUUAGUCCCACUCGUUCAAACACUGAUCGAUUACCACCCAGGUUUGAAACAGCUACACUCGGUAGCAAAGAAAUAUCAAUCACACUACAUCGAUGUUCUCUCUCAUUCAGAAACUUUCUCUGGUACCUACUCUCGGAUAUCGACAAACACAGAAUGUCAUCGAUUCACUUCUGGUUCAGCGUACUCGAUACCGACAACGAUGGAUUCAUCAGCUUCUUUGAAUUGGAAUGCUUUUUCGAGGAGAUACAAAAACAAAUGUCAAGAGAUGACGAAUCGCCAAUGUUUAGAGAUACUCUUUGUCAAAUGUAUGGUUAUAACUUGA